GUUCGUCAAUCGUCGUUUAACAACAUCAUUUUCGUUGCAUGGACUCUGACAUUUUAACAUACAAAUACCGCAGAGAGCGCGAGGCGGUUUAAUAUACUUACGUGUGUUCGCGCGUUCUAAACGUUGCCUCGAGGCCGGAGUCGCAGCCCGCAGGCCGCGGCUACCGAAUUCACCAUCAAAACAUUGGCUGUAAACAUAAGUAGUCCCUGUAGGUAUCUAAGUCGCUGUGCGCAGAAAGCGUAAACACUCAUUUUCGAGCCCCGCGGUCUCCUUGUCGAUGGUCACAGAACUGUGUACUCUCGAGUAAUAUUAAUAUAUAUGAUAUCUCUGCGCGGCGUUACUCAUAUUCGCUUUUAUAAGAGUAGGUAUAUAUCCGCCGCGGGAAAAUCACCAUUGGCAUGACAAUAAAUGCAGUACACAGCUGAGCCGCAUGCAGACAAGCAAAAAUUCAGCGCACUUUGACCCGGCAGUCGGCGAGAGAUCCAGAUAUAGUUUUUUUUUUUUUUUUUUUUUUCAAAAUCGCGACAAACGUUGCAUAAGUAACGCACGCUUAUCGCUCGCGUCUGCGCCGCGAUUCGCGAACGGCGAGAUGGCAAAAAUGCAGAAUCUGUAUAUACUUAUAUAAUUAUCUCGCGCCGCAACACGUUGCGCCAGCUCCUCCCGCCGUCGUAAGUAAAUAAGUAUAUAAUAUGGAGACUGAGUAUUUGAGUUGAGACUCGUGGUCAGUCGCUCUUUUGGGGACGCGUCGGUUCUUCAGAAUUACAGUUAACCACGACUUUUUGGCCGCUUCCUUGAUCCUUCUUCGUCCGAUGAUACCUGCAGACUGCAUUAGUUGCGACACUCUUGUCGAAAAGUACAUCGUAUAUAUUUGUAAGCGCAUAAUUCGCUCGCAGCCCCUUAUCGGCGGCGCUCGACUCGCGACGUGUUUACCAUUUCUGCUUCUGGUUAUAUUAUCGUUGCAAGUAUUUUCCUUCGGCUGCCGGCAGCACCUCAGAAUUCAGAUCCGCGGCUGCUAUAUCUCUGCAGUAUAAGUACUACGAGAGCCAGUAUAGAGAAUGUGUAUGUGCAGUGUUGACAUAAUCGACAAGACGGAAAACAUCGGCUAUACUUACGGUCAAUUAUACGGUAUAACGGAUUCGCCAUCAGAUGCGACUAAUAUAGUUUCAAUAAGGACAGAAACAUAAUGGACAAGGUAAACGGCCUGAUAAUGUCCGGCAUGGAGUCAGCGGCGCAGAUGUUCAUCGGACAAGCAUUCCUCAGGCUGAUCGACCGGAUCCUCUGGAUAGUCGAAAAGUCCGUGCAGUGGAGCCUGCCCUCUGAGGAAGUUAGCGCAAAGGAGAACGGCAAGACGUUCGGCAAGGCCGAUCUGGUGAGGCCGCUGCCGUGGAUCAUCUUUCUGCCGGCUUUGCUGUUUCUGCGGAUAAUCCGGAUCGGCCUCGACGCGCUCGGUGCUAUCCUCGGCUAUCCCCAAGUCGAGCCUUCCGACAUGGUGCGCGUCAUACAGAGGGGUCGCAGGCGCAUCAGGGCCAUCAAGAGCAGCGGGCUCAAGAGCAUGAGACUGAGAAGUACUCCCGUUAUCAAGGACAGGGCGAUGAGUAUGAGGGAAGCAAGUAAGAACCUGGCCAAGUCCAUAAGGCUGACCCUAUCCACGCUCUCUUGUCUGGACUCUGCAUCCAAGACGUCUCCGUCUCCGCCCCCGACCAAAAUCCGAGUUUCCAACAUUCUGGAUGCGGCGGUACCGCCCAUGUCGGAGGAAACGUCCGGCAUCGAUUCGGCCGUAGGCAGCCCCAACCAGGACUACAGCAAACGAAAGUAUUCGGAAAUCGGCACGGACGAGUCGUCGCUGGAUGAAUCCGACGAGGAAACUCUAAUAUCUAAGAUCAAUAGGCUCGCCAAUGCAUCCGACAGCGACAAAGAUUUCAGCAUCAGCGACUGCCCAUCGGUUGGCAGAAGCGAAACAUCUGCUUCGGAAUCGGAGGCGGACGUGAGCAUCCCGCUCAGCGAGGUCGAAGACCUAAAAGCCGAGAAGGAAGAGAUGGAGAAGCAGUGGUGCGACAAUCCGCAAUGCACGAAAACAACGGGCGACAACGAACUGCACAAGCUGACCGAAUGUCUUGUAAAGUUGGAAAAGUUGAACGCGCAGCCACGCAUCAACGGCUCCAAGGAUCAGGAAGAGCCGGAAACGACGGCUGUGGUCGCGGAAAAAGACAUGCCCGAGACGUUGGCCACAAAUGGAGUCGGCCACGAUCGAGACACUGCCUACUAUUCGCCGAUUAGCUGGAAAAGCGUCUCGCCUGAAGUGUCGAUCCCCUCUGAUAAACAAGAUAAUCAUAUCGAUGUCGGAGAAAAGCCGAUGGACGAGCUCAAUAAUGGGCAACUAUACGGCGGCGAAGAAAUAAACGAAGACUGCGAUAUUGGCAGCAAGAAUUCGUGUGCCAGCGGAGUUAGCGGACAGCAGACCGGCGAAAGUAUAAAGGAGAAACAGCGAAGCUCAUCUCAGAGCAGUGGCGGUGGCGCUAGCAAGCACCAUCAGAAGCAUAAACGGGGCAAUUACGGUUUUUUUUCAGUUGAUUCAUAACAGAAAACUACUGCAGUAAUACAAAAAUAACAGUGAUCAAGAUGUAAAAAGUGACGUCAGUAACCAGUUUUAAGUACAGCACAGCCACUUCAGCAGGUCCAAAGAAUUAUAAAUUGCACACUAAAUUAUUGAAAACAAUGUCGUAAAGCUCGCACCGUUCUUUAACUUCUCAGAAGAGAAUAUAAUAAACGUAUAUUGUACUAAAAGCUAAGGUUGCGUCAUAAUGUUUUAGUGGCCAUUUCUGUAAUAAAACGUAAACCUCGGAA